AUGACUGGUCGUGGAAAAGGUGGCAAAGGAUUGGGAAAAGGAGGAGCAAAGCGUCAUCGCAAGGUUCUUCGUGAUAACAUCCAAGGUAUCACAAAACCCGCUAUCAGAAGAUUGGCUCGUCGUGGCGGCGUGAAACGUAUUUCCGGUUUGAUCUACGAAGAAACUCGCGGAGUCCUGAAAGUGUUCUUGGAAAAUGUCAUCCGAGAUGCCGUCACCUACACGGAACACGCCAAACGUAAAACCGUGACAGCGAUGGACGUCGUCUACGCUUUGAAACGUCAAGGACGCACCCUCUACGGUUUCGGAGGUUAA